GUCCACGGCGUCCUCCUGGCCUCCCCAACAGCGCCCCUUCGACGACAUGUUCGGCGUCUGGAUCCGGGACUCGUCCCUGCUCCUCGCCAUCACUGUUAUUGGGAUCACUGUGCUCCUGUUGGCCCUGAAGAACAAGAACGUAAAGAAGAGACGUCCUGUCACCUUAGAGCACCCUGAAGCCAAGUACCUGCUGCCCUUGAUUGAGAAAGAGCAAAUCAGCCACAACACCCGGAGGUUCCGCUUCGGACUGCCCUCCCCGGACCAUGCCUUAGGGCUUCCUGUAGGUAACUAUGUUCAUCUCUUGGCCAAAAUUGAUGGUGUUUUUGUGGUCAGGGCUUACACGCCUGUGUCCAGUGAUGAUGACCUAGGCUUUGUGGACUUAAUUAUCAAGAUCUACUUCAAAAAUGUACACCCCGAUCAUCCAGAAGGGGGGAAGAUGACUCAGUAUUUGGAGAACAUGAAAAUUGGGGACACCAUCCUUUUUCAAGGGCCAUCCGGGCGCCUGUUCUAUCAUGGGUCAGGGAAGUUUGCAUUCAAACCAUACAGAACGAGUGAGCUUGAAAAUAAACUGGUCCAUCACCUGGGAAUGAUUGCUGGGGGCACAGGGAUUACACCCAUGCUGCAGCUCAUCCGCUGCAUCACCAAGAAGCCCAGUGACAAGACCAGGAUGUCCCUCAUCUUUGCCAACCAGACAGAGGAGGAUAUCUUGGUGAGAAAGGAGCUUGAAGAAGUUGCCAGAACUCACCCAAAUCAGUUCCACCUGUGGUACACCCUGGACAGGCCUCCUGUUGGAUGGAAGUACAGCUCAGGCUUCAUUACCAAGGACAUGAUCAAGGAACACCUCCCUCCUCCUGGGAGGUUCACGCUCAUCCUGGUGUGUGGCCCACUAUCCCUGAUCCAGAUGGCUGCGCACCCUCACUUGGAGAAACUGGGUUACACCAAGGACAUGAUUUUCACCUACUAACACCGCCCUUGAUCUUAGCAAAUCUGCCCGGUCCCAUUCAUGUUUCAGUGAGCUCAACGUCACCAUGCUAUACUGGGAAGUGUUCAAACGUCCCUCCUAAUGCACCCUUAGGUGUGCUGGCGCUCCUGUCUUUUGGUGUGGGCCUAAGAAAAAGGUUCAAGAGACUGGAGAUAAAGUGGCUUCUGAGGCCUCCUUGCUUGGGGAGGCUUGAACGAAUUCCAUUUCAGUAUCUUUUUCCAUAGUUUAGUGAAAUAAAAUUCAGUGCAAAGCAGAUAGCCAUUGAGUGUGGCUCUGUGGCGGACCCGCUGGACAGGUAGGAGGCCUUGGCCUGUGCUGCAUGUGAAUUGGCACCUUGAGUCCUUGGGAGGUCACAACUGUAAAAACUGCUGGGGCAG